AGAGAGAUUUUAGAAUACACACAUAAUUUAGAAUGAUUUUUUUUGGAAUUUGCACUCCAAUGGUGCCAAUGGUUAUUGUUCAAGCUGUCUUGUAAUUUGGCUUAUUAAAUACCAAGAAAGUAAAACAAAAAAUAAAUAAUUAUAAAUAUACAAGUAUCAACCUAUUAAUAGAAUACUUGAUAAAAAAAAAUUUACAAGUACUGAGCAUCAUCUUGUGGUUGAUCAUCGGGGAGUGGCAGUGAUUCAUAUUUGUGUUCAUCAAACGUCGUAGAAGACGUCCCAGCUUCAACUUCAUCAUCAACAAUAAAAACACAUUAAAUUACAUAAAAAAUAAUAAUACAAAAUUUUCAUUAAGCUCUAAAUAUUAAAAAGCAAAAGCAAUUUUACUGUGCAACCAUUGACAAACAAAAGUUUUGAGUCGAUUUUAUCAAGUGAUGAGGGUUUAUACCCUUUUGUUUAUUUUAUCAAAUAAACUUUUAUAAUUUUUUUUUUUUAAAUUUAUUAUAAUGCCGGUUAAAGUUGAAGUUGUACCACCAUUACCAGCAAAUUCAAAACAACCUGGUGUUACUAAAUCAUUGCUUUAUAAUGGUUCAAGAUUUCAGGGAUCACAAAAAUCCAAGGGUAACAGUUAUGACGUUGAAGUUGUUUUACAGCAUGUUGAUGAAGAAAAUAGCUAUCUUUGUGGUUAUCUUAAAAUAAAAGGUUUAACUGAAGAAUUUCCGACAUUGACAACAUUUUUUGAUGGUGAAAUAAUAUCAAAAAAAUAUCCAUUUCUCACGAGAAAGUGGGACGCUGAUGAGGAUGUUGAUAAAAAACAUUGGAGUAAAUUUGAGUCAUUUUGUCAGUAUGCAAAAUCAUUUAAUUCUGAUACAUUUGAUUAUGAGGCAUUAAAAGAUACUGAUUUUGUAUUUAUGAGAUGGAAAGAACAUUUUUUAGUUCCUGAUCAUACAAUUAAAGACAUAAGUGGUGCAUCAUUUGCUGGUUUUUAUUAUAUUUGUUUUGAUAAAUCAACAGCAUCAAUUGAGGGUUAUUAUUAUCAUCGUAGUUCUGAAUGGUAUCAAUCAUUAAAUCUUAGACAUGUACCAGAACACAGUAUACAAAUAUAUGAAUUUAGAUGAAAAUAAUGGCCAUCGUACUAUCACCAAAUAACAAAGAAAAAAAAAAACAAUUUGCAAAUGACUUUAUGUCUUCUUAUUUAUUGCAAACAGAUCUCUAUUAUAAAAUCAUGACAUGAUGAAUGACGACAAAAUUAAUUGGUAUUUGUAUAAAAAAAUGAAAGAAAGAAAGCAAGGAAAACAAACGAUAAAUGAUUGACAUUUUGAUGACUUAAUUUGUAGAUAUAUAUUUAUAUAUAUAUUUAUUUAAAAAAGGUAAUAAUAAACAAUAGUAAUUUGUUGAUAUUUUAAUAGAUCAUAUGAUGAUUAGUGAUGCCUGUUUUAAACGUGAUAAUUGUGAAUUAUGAACGCAGUGCCUCGAGUGAAUUUUAAUGAUAAAUUUUGUAAAUGCUUAUUUCUUAAUGAAUUUUAAUCCAAAUCGUAAUAUAUUUAUUAUUGUACAAAUUAAUUAUCAACUCGAGAAUAUAUUUAAUUUAUAAAUAUAUAUAUUUUGUGUUAUUUUAAAAAUUUUAUUGUUAUUUCAACAAAGAAUAAUACAAUUUUAUUCAAAUAAUUGUAUGAAGAGAUCUGUUUGCUUGAAAAAAAAAAUAUUUAUAACGUCAAAGACUUGAGUAUGAAUGUUGAUGAUUUUAAAUUGUGAUUGAUAAUUUAUCGUAUCAAAAAAUUAUACAUUUUAACAAAUUUUACAAGCAAUUAUUUUUUUUUCGUUUCGUUUGCCUUUUUUUUUUUAAACAUAUUUUCUUUUUUCCCAACGUAAUUAUCUUAAAAUACUCAUUUUGAAUUAUUUUUUUUUUGUUCUCUUGUUGUUAUUUGAUAAAAUUUUUUAUCUUGUAAAAAUAAUUAUUGUUUUAUUAUUUAAACAAGCUAAUUAAAAACAGCAUAAUAAUAGAAAUAAUAAAACUAUUAAUUUACAUAUUUAAUAAUAUUAUUUGUUGAUUUUUUAUUUAUUAUUAAAAUUUAUAAGAUUAUAUUACCAAUGAGAUAAAUAAUUGUUAAUUAUUAUUUAUAUAAUAAAAAAAAAAAAAAUAAUUUAAUAAAACAAAUAGCUUUGUUACCAUGAAAAAUAAUAAAAUUUUAAAAAAUUU